AUGCAAGAGGAUCAGCAGGCGAAGGCGGAUCUAAACGACUUGUCGCGCUACAAUCUGGACACGUACGGCGAGGAUGAUGAGGAUGAGGAUGGGGAUGGGGAUGGCGUGACGGGCGGCAACAGCAACGGCAACAGCAACAGCAACAUCUUUAGCAACAUCAAGGGCCUGCAGUAUCAUCGCAACAACGAUCAAGAUCCCUACAUCACCUUGCGCGGUGCGAGCGACUUGGAAGAGGAGGAAGCUGGGGAGAGGGAGGAGCUGCAGGUGCUGGCAGAGGACAAUAUGAUCGUCAGUUGCAAGACGGAGGAUGAGGUGUCGAUGCUGGAAGUGCACAUCUACAAUCACCACGCAAGAGACUUCUUUGUUCAUCACGAUCUCUUGCUGCCCGCCUUUCCCCUCGCCCUGCAAUGCCUCGACUUUCAUCCGGCCGGCGUAGUGGGCGGCGACAGCAGCGUGGGGGCUAAAGGCAACUUUGUAGCCGUGGCUACCAUGGACCCCACCAUCGAGAUUUGGAAUCUGGACGUGGUAGAUGGCUUGUUUCCCAAUGCCAUCCUCGGCAAUCAAGACGCCGUCAAGGCGAUGGGUAUGCCAGCUGGUACGGGAAAAAAGAGUGAGUGCGCGGGCCAGCGCGUCGUAUUCUCCCCCCAGAACUCUUUCUCACAUCUCGCCCCCGCCCGGGCAUGUAGAACGCCGAUUGCCUGCUCCUCGUAUUCCAAACGAUGCCUACCACGUGGAUGCGGUGCUGGGACUGUCAUGGAACACGCACGCCCGCAACUUGCUCGCUUCCUGCUCGGCCGACAGUACGGUCAAGCUGUGGGAUCUGACUCGAGCGCCCAGUGGUGGCGCUUCGGACUCCGACUCGCCGGGCGGCACCACGGCCCUUCGAUCCUUUUCUCAUCAUACGGACAAGGUACAAUCGGUAGCGUGGGACACGUCCGGUUCCUCCAUCGGUGCAGUGCCCAACCCAGCAGUGCUGCUCAGCGGAUCGUACGACAAGACUCUGCGCGUCUUCGAUACGCGCACGCCGGAAAAGGGCUUGAUGGCAAAUGUGCACGAAGAUGUAGAGUGUUUGACCUGGGAUCCUUGGAACGCCAACAGGUUCAUCGCUUCCUUCGAAGAUGGCCUAGUCAAAGCGUACGACGUUCGAUCCCUACCCAACGCCCCCUCCUCCUCCCCUCCCUCCAAAUCCAGCGCAACGAAACAGCAACACGUCACGCAGGCGCUCUUCACCCUCGCAGCGCACGAUGGAGCUUGCACCUCCGUCUCCUUUUCCAAAGAUGUCAAGGGCUGCUUCGUGACGGGCGGAACGGAUAAACUUGCAAAAGUGUGGAACGCCACGUAUGAAGAGGAGGAGGACGCGGCGGGCGCGCAAGGCAGAGCGCCCAACGAAAGACCCAAAGAGAUUGCUUUGGUCGCCAGUAGGGAUUUGGACGCUGUGAGUGGGCGCGCGCAUCGUAAAUUCGUUUUUUUCUUUCUCUUUGUUCUUUUUUUACGGGCCCCUCGUACAUUCAACAUCUUUGAAAGUCUCACUCGCCAUCCUUGCUCUGACCCCUCCGCAUCACAUCCCGUUGCAAUCUUCACUCCCUCCAGGGAAAAAUCUUUAGCACCUCUUUAUCGCCCGACGAUCCGCUCGUGCUCAGCGUAGGAGGCAGCGCUGGCAAGUUGCGCUUGUGGGAUCUGAGCAGCAAUGCGGGAGUGCGCAAGACUUUUGCAAAGCGCUUGCACGAGCUGCGCAGCGCUCGACUCCCCACCGACAUGACGCUCGAUGCGGAUGCGAGUGCGAGCGCGGAUGAGGAGGCAGCAAGCGUUUUGGGAUUGAGCGAUGGGGAUGAGGAGAGCGAUGAGGAUGAGGAUGAGGAAGCGGCGCGGGGGCGCGUGGAAGAGGACGACGCGAUGAGGGAAUGA